UCUCACUCUAGAGCAUCGAUGAUCGAUUGCUUUGGCCUGCCUUUUUUGCUAAACCAGGAAGUAUUCCAUGCUGUUUAUAGUUAAGCUAACGCGGCCUUUAGAUGUUCAUCCAAUAAAGAGGGAAACAAAAUUGGCAAAAUGCAGAACGGUGCGGAAUUUGAGGGAAUUUCCGUUCACAAUUUCUCUGAAAAGAUUCUGGAGCAGGUGGUACACUUUCACGUCAUGAAGCUCAGCGGCGGGUUUUUCCUUUGGGUCGGUUCGGCUCCGGUUCUGUCCAACUUAGCAGUGUCUAUGAGCAGCAAAUAUGAUUCAAUGCCGUUAUCUACAUUAGUUAUGGGGGACCCAUCCAACACAGCACCAAAUUCUUUGGCACAAAGAUUAGCAAAGAAGACCAAAAAACAAGUAUUUGUCAGUUACAGUCUUCCAAUGACAGAUACCAGCCUCAGUCUCUUGGUGGAGAACAGGAUCAAAAAGGAGCUGGAGCUGCACGCUGAGCAUUUUUGAGCACAUGUGACCCUUUGUAGGAGGAGGGCAGCAGUGUAGUACUGGAGUCAUACUCAAAUGCAAUAAUCAGGACAAACGGCCACAUCAAGUGUUUUUUUUAUUGACAAUAAAUUAAGUAGUUUAUUAUCAAAACAUGUACUAUAGGCCUGUGGCUUUGUCUGUUUGUUUGUUUUUUUACAAAUCCAUAUUAAAAAAAUAACACUUA